CGAUCAGCACUGGUCUCCACACACCGAUAGCACUAUGACCUCAUCCUCCUCGCCUUUCAGAAUCUUCACACAAGGGACCACCAGGCUCCAGCAAACCUCACAGCAACUCCCAAAACAACCGCCAAGAUGCACAUCACCGUCGCCCCCGCCUCCACCAAGGCCGGCCGGGCCACCAUUGAGGCCCUCCUCGCCGACAGCGCCGGCCCGACCGUCACGGGCGUCUACCGCAACCUGUCCAGGGUGCCGGCGCAGUUCUCGCCGAACCCCAACUUCAAGGCCAUGCAGGGCGACGUCCAGGACGGCGCGUCGCUGGACUUCUCCGGGGCCGACGCCGUCCUCGCCAUCACGCCGCCGCAGUUCCACGAGAGCGACAUCGUGGCCGACGCGCGCAAGAUGUCCGAGAACAUGAAGGCCGCCGCGCAGAAGGCGGGCAUCAAGCGUCUGGUGCUGCUGUCGAGCGUCGGGGCAGAGCUGGAGAAAGGCACUGGCGAGAUCCUCACCAACCACGCCGCCGAGCAGGUGUUCGAGGGCACGGCGCCCGAGGUUGUCUACGUGCGCUGCGCCUACUUCAUGGAGAACUGGAUGAUGUCGCUCGAGACGGUCCAUCAGGAGCCGCCAUUUUUCUACACUACCAUCACGCCGCUGGACUUCAAGGUGCCCAUGAUCGCCGUCAAGGACAUCGGUAGCACCCUCGCCGCGCAGCUGCUCGCCACCGGCUCGGCCCCGCCGGCGAACCCGCACGUGUUCGAGCUGUGGGGGCCCGAGGACUACUCGUCGCUCGACACGCAGGCGGCCUUCGCAGCCGCCGCCGGCCGCGAUGUCGAGGUCCGCCCCGUCCCCAAGGACGGCCUGGGCGACUUCUUCGUCCAGGCCGGCUUGCCGCCUAGUGUCGCCAAGGAGUGGGCCGAGAUGUCGGCGUGUUUCCUGCCCGGCGGCGUCAUCGAGGCGGACGUUUCGCGCACCGAGGGCGUCGUUCGCGGCAAGACGACGCUGCACGAGGCGGUCAAGGAGAUGUACAACCUGCCGCCGCCGGCGUGAGACUGAGUCGAGAUCCUUUUGAGGUCUAUGUCGAGCACGGAGGGCUUGGGUGGUACUUUGGCGGGCAAGGUAGUGUACAGGGUAAUCGAAGCAGGACUGAGGUUGGUACCAGGGUAGUGUGCACAUUUGCACUUGUUUUGGUACUUUCAAUGCGAACUCUCAUCUCACAGCGA